AUGAUCGAGAGGGUCAUACUGAGAGGAGUCACACGCAAGUCUGAAGACACCACUGAGCUUGUAUUUGAGACAAACUGGUCAGAUGGAUUUGUGUCUUCUGUUGUUCGAACUGAGCAAGAAGUGACAGAACUGCUUACCCAGCUCUCACAAGCUUUUUCUGAUGAAGAAGUAGAGAAAUUCCUUCCUCAGAACAUGGAUCCGAGGUGUCUGGGCACGCUGCCCCCACAUAUGCUCCAGCACCACAGCGUCCAGGUGUUUUUCACGGGCACCCAGUCUCUCCCAUCGUCUCUCCCGACCGCAAACCCACUGCACCCUCUGCCCCCCGCACAGCCCACUGUUACUACGGCAACAACAUGUUCAUACACCCCCAGCUCUAAUCCUGGAUUUAUGAUGCAGCACAAGGGAGUCAACAGGCCUGUUUAUAAAGUGGCCAGUGUGCUGCCAGUUGUGAGCACCCACACUUCUGUAAUGACCCGUCCCUCUCUCCCGAUCUCAUCCCUCCCUCCCUCUCUCCCCCAGGCCUUUCCUCACCCUCCCCACUCCCUCCAUCUCCCCCCUAUGACUCCACCCCACCCGGGCACAGCCGACCCCCCCACCCACCCACCUGCCCAGCACCCAUACCCCCAGCCUCACCUACAUACACCCACCAGUCAGGCUAGUGCCCCGCUUCCAUACUGUCAGUCGUUAUCCUUCUCCCAAGCCCAUUCCCCAAAUCUUUCCUACUCCCAUUUCCCCUCUCGACCUCCGUCCCAUCAGCUACCGCCAGCGCAGUCCCAAACCAGUGCCCCGGAGCAAAAUGGCAUCCUGGACUGGCUCCGAAAACUGCGUCUCCACAAAUACUACCCCGUCUUUAAGCAGCUCACCAUGGAGGAGUUCUUGGCGCUGACAGAGGAGGAUCUGAACAAGUACGAUCUUACCCAAGGAGCUAAAAAGAAGCUGAAGACUCAACUUGAGCUGCAGAAAUCUGUGGACAGGGAGAUGAAAAUGGAGAAGAGGUUGUGCAGUGGAAUAGCCAGAGUGACUCCCUCCAGUUACAUGGGACCCUCCUCUCACCACACCUCAAAUGCAGCUGAGUUGAGAGUUGAAGUGGAGGCAGGGACCCACCAUCCCCCUGUAUCUACAGACAGUAGCUCCUCCUCAGGAUACUCCAGCUCCCCCUGCUCCCCUCGCACCCCGCUCUGCUGUGACGCCACUUUUGACAGAAGCCGAGACUUCCAUAGACGUGUGUCUGGUCCAGAUAACCUUGGAGCCAGUCCAGAGAAGGACAGAUCCAGUUUCUAUGUCCUGAACUCUAGCUGUCCCUCUGGCUCCACACGCCCCACAGCGCAGGUCUUACCCGUACAGACAGAUCCUCCUCCCCCAUCCUUCAGUGUCCCUCAAACUUCAUUCCCACUACAGCCCAAUUUCCCUCAGCAGAAUCUUCUCUCUCCGCUGUCCAACCCUGCUCGAAUCCUCACCACACCACGCAAACCCAGACCCCCACCUCCUCCCCCUGACGACCGCUCCAAGCCCCUGGUCUUUGGAGCCGGGUUUGGCACUGGGGUCGGGGUGGGGGUGAGACUGGAGACCCUGUUUCCAGGUCUAAACAUAGAUGGGUCUCCUCCUGGACGUCAGCAGGAGUCUGUGGUCUGUCGUGGUAUGGUGAGUGGGACAGUAGGGCUGAUGGUUGAGACCAGUUCAGCUUUAACGUCCACUUCCAACAGCCACCAUCAUGUAUCUCACCCCCCUGUGCACUUCCACCUUUCAUCGUCAUCCUCCCCCACAGCAUCGGGACCCUACUCGUGCCCCCUAGUGUCUUCUUGUUCCACCUCGAAGCCUCAGUCUGGACUUAUGGCGACUGGUAGUACAAUUCCUCGAACAAACUACUACCCCCAACCUCCAGCUCCUGCUUCUGCUCCAUCGCUAGACUGCGGGACGUCUGACCACACCCCUUCGGCAUGUGUCUGUAGCUCAUGUGGAUGUCGUGGUAACUGCGGGGCGUACGGGGCAUUGCCUGGGUACGCCACAGCCGGUUACCUACAGCAGUUCACACCUGGGCCUUCACUCUUCACUCUGGGACCCCUGCUCCACCUGAGCCCCCUUAUCGCCUCUUCCACCUCUACUGGUAAUGGAGCCACGCCCUUCCCUUACCCGAUGAUGGUCCCGCCUGUAUAUCACCACAGCCCACAGUCGCAUGACCAGCAGCAGAGCCAUUUCCAGGGCAUGCUGGGAAAUGUAGGCCAGAAACAGAUGGCAGGUAAUUUGUCGUGUUAUAACUGCGGCACCAGUGGACACAGGGCAGAAGACUGUAAACAGCCAUCCAUGGACUCAGCGCAGCAAGGUAUGUUUCGACUAAAGUACAGUGCUCACAGCGACACCAAGGACUCUGGAGACUAAACAGCAGGGGGUAGCAUAAUACUGUUUCAGCCGUACCCUGUAUUUGCUGUGAAUUUGGCACAAACAUUGAG